UCCUCAUUCGUAGCUUUGUCUUCAAGCCAUCAAGAUGCAAAAAGUUUUCUUCUGCAAGAUUGGAGCCCUCGCCCUGCUGUGCCUGGCCGUGGCCAUAGCCGCGAGCCCUCUUCAGCAAACCGAAGAUGCCAUCACUGUUCCGGCGAUCCACUUCCGAAGCAAAUCAAGCGACGAACUUUGCACCGGAUUCCAGAUCAAAGGAAAUUUGUUUGCCACGUUGGCUCGUUGCCUGGGAACAGAACGAAGUGAAAUUAACAAGCUUCGCGAACUGGACAUCGUUGAGCAGGGAAUCCAGAAGGUUCAAGCGUUUGCCCUACAAGCCGAGGACGCAGAUUCGAUCGGGGACAUCGCUGUGCUAGUGUACGGAGCCGAAAACAACAAGGGAUUGGAGCCGGUUGCCGAUCGCAACGGACUUUUCGAGAAGUUCGGCCUCGUUCCCAGAAUGCGCUCCGAGCGAGAUGCCGAGGAUGGGGCAGCAUUCGCCGAAGUUAACAUUCGCGUAAUGGGUGCCGCACUGGUUUUACUUGGAUCGAUGCUAAUGAAGUGAAAACCCAGUGGAAGUCAUGAUUAGUUGUUUUUUUCUGUAUUAUGAUUCCUGAAUAAAUGACACUAUUUAAUUAGAUUUAAAA